AUGACAACAAUCUCAAAUUCUAUUUUCAAAAGAAGCUUGCACUUCAGGAAGCUUGAUUUUGUCGCCUCUGCUUCUGGGCUAAGUAAAUGUUUUGCAGUUCCUGCAUAUCGCGCAAGAGGGCUUGCACGGAGAGUGAUUUGCAACGCACAAGCAGCUGAUAUUGUUCAGCUUAAAGAAGCCAUCAAUAAUGAAGUUUUUUAUGUUUGUGUAGGAGAAUUAACGCUUGUAAUGAAAUUUGGUGGGUCGUCAUUAGCCUCAUCAGAAAGGAUGAAAGAAGUAGUUGAUCUUAUUUUGAGAUUUUGCCAAGAGAGGCCUGUCAUUGUUCUCUCUGCUAUGGGAAAGACGACAAACAACCUUUUACUGGCUGGUAAAAAAGCCGUCACAUGUGGUGUUUACAGUGUAGCUGAGCUGCAAGAGUUGUCCUUUGUAAAGGAACUUCAUCUUAGCUGCAAGAGUUGUCCUUUGUCCUAA